AACGAUUCAUAAUGGCGCAUGUAAACAAUUUUCGACUGCAUCUGGAAGAUAUGCCAGCGCUUACCGUGAAGCUAUGAGCCAAGUCAGAAGCUUUUUUCCUUUAAGAAACCCUCUAAUACGUUAUGUAUUGUGCAUUUUAAUAUCUAAAAAAGAUUAAUUUCACGCGGAAACAACGUGCAGUGAAACGUUUGGAAAGAAACUUUAUUAUUGAAGAAAUGACUUACAGAGCUUGUGGUUUAGUGAAACUGCAACUGACUGCAUUUAACAGCAUGCUACGAUGCUUUACAUAGGAGAUGUUUGGCCAUUUUCAAUUAUUCUUGUGGUGCUGUUAGUGUUUGCAUUAUCCAACCAAGUUUCUGAAGCCAGAGAGUGUAUAAAUGAAGAAACUCGUUACGAGGCUCCUCAUCGCAGGCAAUGUAAGGCCUCGUCGCUACCAUUUUUCGCUGGGAACAGACAUCCAGAGGGUCUUCCAGGUAUCACUCGGGGACAAGAAAUUCGUCAGUUACUUCCUGAGGAUCCCCCAGGAACUCAUCCCUACUUUAUUUCACUGUUUGACCCGGACAGAAAUAUCCCCUUUUAUUCUGCAUACAAAGUGACUGCACAGCAAGCGCCCUUCAUUGGAAAAUACAGCCGAAGAGACGUAAAAAGAAGAAAAUUUAGGAAUCCUCCAGGUGUCCCUGGUUUGAACAACGCCUACAAAAGAGCGAUACAACAAGAGCCUCUCAGCAGGGGGCACAUGAAUCCUGUCGCCAUAAAUACAUUUGAUAUAAAUUUCAUGAAAGCUACAUUCACCCUCACUAAUACAAUCCCACAAUACGUUGCAUCUAACAGCGGACCUUGGCAGAUUUUUGAGGCUAAAAUCCGCCGCUACGCUGCAGGUAUGUGUGGAGAUCGAGCCCGCCAUGGAACUUUGUUCUUACUAACUGGAUCCUCGGAAUUUAGCCUUGCAAAUUAUCUUGAAGAAAACGGAGAAUCAUUUCAUUCAAAAGUGGUCCUCGAUGGUGUAAAUCUUGCCAUACCCCGUGCUGUCUGGACAGCGGGUUGCUGUGUAUGGAAGGAGUCUAACGAUACAAGAGUCCAAAGAGCAGAGUCUUUUGCGGUCAUUAGUAACAAUGCCAGGGAUCAAAAAUGGCUCAACCAGACUGAAAUGAACGUAUCGGAGCUGGAGAAACACCUUACACCGCCAGGCUCGCCAUUGGUAGAUUUGUUCCCUGGGGAUCAACUCUGCAGACUCCCUGAGAACAAUAUAAAACUACAAUAGAGUGAAUUUUGAUUUAGUCCCGUUUAACCAAAACUAACGUUAUCAGUGCAGCCAAUCAGAAAAAAGGCAAUUAUCACAAGGAACAAAUGAGAACUCAAAGUAAAAAAAAAAAAA